AUUCACAAUUUUAUAUUGAUUUCUCGUGAAAUAAUCUCCUGAAUGUUUUCUCUUUUGCCGGUUCGGCUCUAACACAUCAGUGUUUAUCUCGGGUUGGAUGGUUGGUCAUACACCGCUAAGGGGAACGAACGACCGAUCGCAGUAUUUGAUGGUUGUUGCACAUUCACUGCAAUGUUAUCUAAACAAACAACUACCAACUGGUCUGUAAAAAGAAUGGAGUCUGAAUGGGGUGAUCGAUGGAGUCAUCUCAAAAAAAUUCUAGAAAGAUCUGGACCAUUCACUCAUUCUGACUUUGAACCAAGUCCAGAGACAUUAAUUUUCCUACACGAAACCUUCCGUAUACUUAUUGUUGGUGCUGGAGGUUUAGGCUGUGAACUUCUGAAAAAUUUGGCUCUCUUGGGUGUUGGCAACAUUGAUAUUAUAGAUAUGGACAUUAUUGAUAUAUCAAAUCUCAACAGACAGUUUUUAUUUCGGCCUAAAGAUGUUGGCAAAUCAAAAGCAGAAGUAGCCGCAGAAUUCAUCAACACCAGAAUUACCAACUGUAAAGUGAAGCCUCAUUUUGCAAAGAUCCAAGACUUUCCAGAUUCAUUCUAUCAACAAUUUCAUGUUGUGGUCUGUGGCCUGGAUUCAAUUGUUGCUCGGCGAUGGAUGAACAGAAUGUUGAUAAGUUUAUUAAACUAUGAAGAUGGUAUUCUUGAUCAAGCGUCUGUGAUUCCAAUGGUUGAUGGUGGAACGGAAGGCUUCAAGGGUAAUGCCAGGGUUAUAUUUCCAGGAAUGUCUGCCUGUAUUGAAUGUACUUUGGAUUUUUAUCCACCUCAGAUCAAUUUCCCACUGUGUACAAUUGCUCACACACCAAGACUUCCAGAACACUGUAUAGAAUAUGUCCGGCUACUACUGUGGCCUAAACAGGAACCAUUUGGAGCGAAUGUUGCAAUUGAUGGAGACGACCCACAGCAUAUUAAAUGGAUUUAUGAAAAGUCUUUAGACAGGGCAAAUGAAUUCAAUAUCCUUGGUGUCACAUAUCGAUUAACUCAAGGUGUAGUAAAAAGGAUUAUCCCAGCUGUGGCCUCAACAAAUGCUGUAAUAGCAGCUGCUUGUGCUACAGAAGUACUGAAAAUUACAACAAGUUGCUGUAUGCCCUUAAAUAACUAUGUCAACUUCACAGAUACCGAUGGAGUGUAUACUUAUCCAUUUGAAGCCGAGAAAAAGGAAGACUGUCUUGCUUGCAGCCUCAUUCCACAGACUCUGACCUUUCCUGAAGACAGUAAACUACGGGAUAUUUAUGAUUACCUUAUAGAAAGUGCAUUAUAUCAAAUGAAAUCUCCUGGCAUUACUACAGUGAUUGAUGGAAAAUCUAAAACUCUGUACAUGAAAUCCGUAAAAUCAAUUGAGGUAAAGACGCGAGACAACUUGAAGAAAUCUCUAAAAGAGCUUGGUAUAACGAAUGGUCAAGAAAUAUAUGUUGCUGACCAGACAACACCCACAUCAAUCACCUUUAAAUUAAACUUGACAAGUCACAUGGAAAAAUAAGAAGCCUGCCAUUAUAUCCAAAACCAAAACAAAAGACAUUCAUAGGAUCUGUUGAUCCUUUUCUAAAUUUCUUCACUUGCUUCUGCCUAAUUUUUAUAUGCAAGCAUUUAUUUUUUUUUUAUUUUUCAUUGUGGAUUAGAUAAAUUAAUAAAAACAAUUAAUGUUAUUUAA